GGCCUAGAACAAUCCAUUAGGAUGAAGUUGAACCUUAUCAAAGUCGUUAAUGGCUGCCGCCUUGGGAAAAUAAAAAACCUGGGUAAAACUGGUGACCACACCAUGGACAUUCCAGGCUGCCUUCUCUAUACCAAGACUGGGUCUGCCCCACACCUGACCCAUCACACGCUGCAUAACAUCCACGGGGUCCCCACCAUGGCUCAGCUUACACUGUCCUCACUAGCAGAAUAUCAUGACGUUUUGACAGAAUAUAAGGAAGGCAUUGGAAAAUUUAUAGGUAUGCCAGAGUCACUCUUGUACUGCUCCCUCCAUGAUCCAGUCAACCCUUGUCCAGCUGGUUAUGUAACAAACAAGUCAGUGUCAGUGUGGGGCGUUGGAGGACGUGUGGAAAUGACUGCUUCCAAAUUCAUGGAAGUUCAGGAGGCGCUUCAGCCAGACUGGUUCCAGUGUCUCUCAGAUGGAGAAGCAUCUUAUGCAGAAGCAUCUUCCACAAAAAGAGCCAGAAAGUCUGUUGACAGAUCACUUCUGUUUCUGGAUCAUUGCCUCCAGCUGCAGGAGAAGUCAGAGGUCCUUCGAAAAAGUGUUAUUAUUGGAGUGAUCGAAGGUGGAGAUGUGAUGGAGGAGAGGCUCAGGUCAGCACGAGAGACAGCCAAGCGGCCUGUAGGUGGCUUCCUUCUGGAUGGCUUUCAGGGGAAUCCAAUGACCCUGGACACUGGACUACUCUUGCUGUCUUCAGUCACUGCAGAACUCCCAGAGGACAAACCAAGGCUCAUCUGUGGUAUUAGCAGACCAGAUGAGGUUCUUAAGUGUAUUGAAAGAGGAGUGGACCUAUUUGAGAGUUUUUUCCCUUAUCAAGUGACAGAGCGGGGAUGUGCCUUGACUUUUCGCUUUGAUUACCAGCUGAAUCCUGAAGAAACAUUGUUACAACAGAAUGGGAUGCAAGAAGAAAUAAAAUAUCAGGACCAAGCAAAGAAAGCAAAAGCAACUGAUUGCAUCCAAGAAAUGACAUCGUUUGAAAUUAAUCUAAAGGAAAAAAAGUACCAGGAGGACUUUGACCCGUUGGUGAGAGGCUGCUGCUGCUACUCCUGUAAGAAUCACACUCGUGCAUACAUCCACCAUCUGCUGAUGACCAAUGAACUGCUGGCCAGCGUCCUGCUUAUGAUGCACAACUUUGAACAUUAUUUUGCAUUUUUCCAGUCCAUUCGAGAAGCAUUAAAAAAUGACAAACUGGCACAAUUGAAAGAACUCAUCUUCAGGCAAGAGUCCUGAGAGCUACCAACCAC